AAUAAUCUUUAUAUAAAACGGCGGGGCAACGGCGAAAGGAUCUUAUUUGGAACCAAUGAGCGAACUUGUAAGGAUUAAUUUUUUCAAUUUUCAUCGAGUCUAAAGUGGACAAGUUAAUAGUUUAGUUUAACUUGUUAGUGUGUGUUAGUGUUAUUAAAUUGUUGGUUAUCCAUUUUUUAUUUAUCAUCAACCAUUAAAUCCAAAAUAACCCAAAAUGACCAGGACUUUAAUAUGUCUUCUAGUCUCAAGUUUAUUUGUUAGUGUGGCUCAAUCCAAGGAAUACUCUGAACAAAUUAAUCAAGGAUACUCAGUUGCUUUACCCUACCUAUCACCAGUCUCGUCAUCUUCAUCAUCUUCUUCAGCUUCAUCUGUAACACCGACUGGACAAGAUGAACUUCAAAGUGCAGCUCAGUAUCAACAGCCAUCCUAUUCUGGACCAGCCGUCAACAGUGUUGCCUCUUCUGUUUAUGCUAACGGAGGGCCAAUCGGUGUAGCUGAUCAACAGCAAAAGAGUUUCGGUAAUUAUGGUUUGGUUCAACAAGCACCACCGUCACCACAGCAGUACCUUCAAUCACAACCACAAUCGCCACAACAAUCACCUCAACAAUCGCCUCAACUCAACUUUGAUCAACAACAACAACAGCCAUUACAAAACUCACAGUUGAAUUAUGGUAAUGUGGGUAAUAAUAACGAUUACAAUGGGCUUAAAUCAAAUCAAAAUGUUCAGAAUAAUCAAGGAGCUAACAAAAAAACCGUUAUAUUAGCCAUUCCAGUCAAAUUAGCUCUUCAAUUACCCGAAAAUAAAGGUGGCUUAGAUGAUAAACAACAGUUACAACAACCUCAACAACAAUCUUCUCAACAAGGCUAUAAUAAUUUUGCAACAGCAAAUUUCCAAUCAUCUAGACCAUAUGACAGUGUUAAAAAUUAUGGUGAUAAUAGUGGUAAUGAUCAGAAGAAUAAUGAAUAUCGUGGUAAUUCACCUGUUUACAGUUCCCAAUCUCCAUACGGACAACAAAGCCAAUCCUAUGACAACUCAAACUUGGGAUCACAAAGCUAUUCAUCAUCUUCUUCGCCUUCAUCUGGUUCCAAAUCUUCAUCUUACAAUAGAGAUUCAAAUCAAUAUGAUGUCCAACAAAAAUAUGAUUACAAAAAUAAUGAUGCGUCUGCUUAUAAUGGAAAUAAUCCUUACGUUCAAAUGAAGGAAUCAGACUACUCAAAUUCAAGGAGUAAAUCACAGUCAAACUCUUAUGAAAACCAACCUGAUUCUGAAUACGCAAGUAAAGAUUCUCAGACCUCAGAAAAUGAUGGAUUUGACAGUUACGAUGGCUCCAAAGGUGAUUCCUACAAAAGUGGCGAUUCUUACAAAGGUGGCGAUUCCUACAAAGGUGGUGACUCCUACAAAGGUGGCGAUUCUUACAAAGGUGGCGAUUCUUACAAAGGUGGCGAUUCUUACAAAGGUGGUGACUCCUACAAAGGUGGCGAUUCCUACAAAGGUGGCGAUUCUUACAAAGGUGGCGAUUCCUACAGAGGAAGCGAUUCAUAUAAAGGAGGAGACUCUUACAAGGGAAACAAAGAUGAUAACUACCCAUCCGCACCUGAAUCCUCUUCAUCCUAUGAUGAUGACAAUGAAAAUGAUCCCUCUAACUACCCAAAGAUGCCUAAAGGUUACAAAUUUAAAUCUGCAUCUUACUCGUCCGAUUCAGAUUCCUCUUCUUACAACAAAGAGAAAGGUAAUGAUUACCCACUGACAAGUUCAUAUGAUGGUAACCAAGAUGAUUGGCAAUCGGGUUACUCCGAAAAAGGUCGAAAUAAGCCAAAGGGAGGUGUCAAAGGAGCAAACAAUUUAGAGUACGAUCUUGGUUCAUACUCUGGUGACGAUUCAAGCUCAUAUUCAAAUGAUGAUUCAGAGGGUAAACCUGACUCAGCAUCAAUCAAAGCAGCUCUUGAAAACUAUGGUUCGCUAAAAAGUAAUGUUCAUGAAGGUAAUUCUGGUUCAAGUGGAAUAAAAGUCAUCAAUGAUUAUUCUGCUCUCAAAGAAUACGAAAAUAUGAAAGAUUAUGGUUCAUUGUCAUUUGGAAGUGGUUCAAAGGAUUACAAUGGAAUGAAAUCAUUGAGUGAUUACGGUUCUUUCAAAGAUCUACCAUCGAUGAAAGACUAUGCCUCAUUGACCAAAGAACGACCAAAAGAGAUUAAACUUUCAAGCUAUGACAGUUCAGAUUCAAUUGAUGACGAUGAUUCUGGAUCUUCGUCCAGCGGUUUAUCGUCCUAUUCAAGUGGUUCCGAUUCUUCUUACAGCGGUCUUUCAUCUUAUGAUUCAUCACCUCUUUCAUCUGGUUCAUAUUCUGACUCUUCCAGCUUAGGAUCACUUCGUCCAUCCAAAUAUUCAUCAUCUGGUCUCGGUUCACUUGGUGAGUCUUCAUACGAAUCUUUCUCUCCUGGAAACUCAUACAGUUCUUCUGGGCUAUCAAGUCUUUCAAGUGACUCUUCAUACGAGCUUCCACAUUCAAGUUCACCCUCAGUCUCUCAUGCAUCUUCAGGAUCAAACUACGGAUCAGCUUCAUUUAGUCCAUCAACAUUCACCAUCUCGGAUGCUAUCAACGCUCAAGACGGUGUUUCAAGUUUCUCAUCUUACUCAUCACCAGUCAGUCUCUCAUCAUCCUACCUUUCUCCUUCAGGAUCUGAUGCUGCCGCUGCCGCUGCUGCUGUUGCUGCCGUUUCUUCUCCAUCAAUCUCCACCUCAUCAGGCUUACCUCUAUCGAUUCAAAACACCGAUAGCUAUGGUUCAAGUCAACCCAUUGAUCUCUCGUCCCUUUACGGUUCAACAAUGAAAUCUUAUUCAUCGCCCAUCUAUUCCCCACCUAGAUCUCCACUAGCCUUUUCAGGCCCAAUCUAUCCUCAAUCAAACCCACCUCCACACCCAAUGCAAGUUAUAAACGCUUACCAAGGUGGACAAUCAAUGCCUCCACCACCUUAUGGAAUGAUGUUUGGUAAACCUAAUAACAAGCAACAUCAAUCACCACCACCACCACCACCAUCAAAAUACAAGGCAAAUGGACCUCGUUUCCUACCACGAUUCCCUUCCAUGUCUUCACCACUUUCUUUGUAUAAGGGAUUACAAGGUUCAUCUUCAAGUGGCUCAAACAAAUUCAGUGCAUCAUCACUCCUGAGCUCAUUAUAUUCAUCAAGCUCAUCUCCAGCCAAAUUUGUGCUCAAAACAGGCGGAAAAGGUUCUGGUCUUCUUGGCAGCCUACGUUUAAGUUCAUCUCCAUCAUCCUCGUCAUCAUCAUCAUCAAAUAAAAAGCCAUCUUCAUUUACAUCACCCUUCAGACUGGACAAUAUUUUUGGUCAAAUUUACAAGCUUCUUUAAUCAUCAUCAAAAUAUAAUCAUUUUUACCCACACAUUACCUGAAUUGUUAUUCACAAACAACUUGCUUUUUGCCAAAUUGUAACUUUUCAUGUGCUAAUUUUUGUCAAAUGAUGAAACAAUGAAAUAUUUUUUUUUGCUGUUAAUGUUGUCAUCAUUGUAACUCUGAUUGACAAUUAACUUUAUUUUACCAACAAACGAUGAAUCCAUCAUAAAGAUCAUCUUAACUAUCACCGAAUGAUUCUUGUCAAAAUUAUCGUUGAUUGUGUUUUCGGUGAAAUAGGAAACCAUUUUAUAUACUAAUCAGUAUCAAGGAUAACCUUAAAUUAUAAUUAUAACUUACAAGAAACCAAAUUUUUUGUCUUAUCUUUUCACAAUUUAUUGCAAUUCUGGUCCAUAAUUAACUCAAAACAGACAUAAAAGGUUAUUAUCAAUUAAAA